ACGUAUGAGAGGAGGAAGCACAUACCGCCGUUAUAUAAUUGGUCCAAAAUGUCCCCAAAAUUUCCAAUCAAUACAAAAAUUAAAAUAGAAACACGUGUAAAUUACAUUUCACUUUCAAUUACUAGCAACUUCAAGCAAUUUCCUUUUUUCCCGGCAGAACUAAGAAAUUAACCCCAAAUUUGUGAAUCAACUCUCUACACGCUUUUCUUUCUCUCUCCUCCUUUGAAAAAAGUGGAAAACAAACCUUCAAAGUUUUCCAAAAAAUUAUAAUUAAAACUCUUAAGCAAAGAAAAAUACUCAAUUACUCAAAGUAUCUUCUUGUUCCUUCUUUCUUUCUUUUUCUUUUCUUUCUAGUCUUUGGUAGACUACUCUUGUUACAUAUAAAAUCUUGUUCAAAUUCCUAGAUUAUUGGACCUUCUAAUUCAUUAAUUAAUACAAAUACAGAAGUAAUUAAUUGAUUUAUUAAUACUUCUGUAGUUACUAAUUUUUGAGUGAUGGCCACUUUAACUGCCUCUAUGUUACUGCCAUCAAAGCUCAAACCUUCAUUUCCUGAGGAUAAAUCCUCUAUUUUUAAUUUCAAAAGUAGCAGAUCUUCUUCAUCCAAAAGAAGCCAAUCUCUUUCCCCUGUGAUGAGAUUAUUUGGGCCAGCAAUAUUUGAAGCAUCAAAAUUGAAGGUAUUGUUUUUAGGAGUUGAUAAAGAGAAACACCCAAAGUUGCCAAGAACUUAUACUCUCACUCAUAGUGAUAUCACCUCCAAACUCACUUUGGCUAUCUCUCAAACUAUUAACAAUUCCCAGUUGCAAGGAUGGUAUAACAAAUUGUAUAGAGAUGAAGUGGUGGCAGAAUGGAAGAAAGUAAAAGGGAAGAUGUCACUACAUGUUCAUUGUCACAUAAGUGGUGGUCAUUUCCUAUUAGAUUUGUGUGCUCCUUUGCGUUACUACAUCUUUUGCAAGGAACUCCCUGUGGUACUGAAUGCAUUUGUGCAUGGGGAUGAAAAUUUGUUCAACAACAACCCAGAACUACAAGAAGCAACUGUUUGGGUGUAUUUCCAUUCAAGCAUCCCUGAGUUCAACAAAUUCGAGUGCUGGGGCCCACUCAAGUACGCGCUGGACCCCACUUCGAAGAACACGAAGGAGAUGAUGAUGAUAAACAAGCAAGGUGACGACGAUGAUGAUGAGGAGAAAGACGAAGAAGAGCCUUCAAUUACAAGCAACUCGAAAUGGGACAUGUUAGAGCCUUGCACGGAACCAUGUAGGUGUUGCUUUCCACCAACUAGUUUGAUCCCUUGGACUCCUUCACUAUCACAUGAGCAACCUCAGCUAGAUCAAGAACUUACCGGAGACGUCUCGAUCCCCCCCACCGGGACCCGGUGAUUGGUAAAUAUUGUAUGCUUGGGUUGAAACAACACCAAAUAUAUGAUUACAACCAUGAUUUAUUUUGUAUAUAACACAUACAAGUAGAAAACUCAAUUAUCUUAGGUAAUUUAAUUGUACUUAUAUUAAAUUUAGUGAAAAUUCGGGUGGACAAAGGAGCUUCCUUGUAUCGGAUGAUCUGAUGUUGGAGGCUUGUAUGUAUUUGUGACCUUGUCAAGAUCACCUCGCUCUCACUCCAAUGUUAAGGGGUUGAAAGGAUUGAAUUCAUGGACUUUAAUUUUGUACAUACACGUUGAUUUGUUUUGGUGAACAACUGGUACGUGUAAUAUAUAUUGUGACUAAUAGGAGUUAUCUUGUUUAAAUUAAAGACUCCUAUUGUUACACAACACAUAAUAUGGAGUAUGCCACAUUUGAUUUUGGUUAGGGGAGAAUUUUCAACAAGUUUAA